CCCAGGGGAUACAUCCCGAAGAGAUUCAUCCUCUCUCUCCUCUUGCACCUGGGUCUCUUCGUGGUUUAUGCUCUUCGCGUUUGCAUCAGCGUGGCAGCGGCAGCGCCAAGCGCCCACGCCCUUCCCUCCAACUCCUCGGUUCCCACAGAGGUCACGGGCGUGAGCAUGUAUACGGAGUACUCGUGGACCAACACGGAGCAGGGCAUCAUCUUGGGCUCGUUCUUCAAUGGCUACAUCACAACCCAGAUCAUCGGAGGGAUACUCGCCCGCAGGUACGGGGGUAAGUCUGUCCUGUUUGGAGGGGUCCUGCUAGCCUCUCUUUUCACCUUUCUCACCCCUCCUGCGUCCAAGAACUUCACCAUGCUGGUGAUCUGCAGAACUCUCAUGGGCGCGGUGGAAGGCGUUUCGUUUCCUGCCAUCCUCACCAUCAUUGGUCACUGGGCCCCUGCCCAGGAGCGCUCGACCAUGGUCGGCUUCGUUUACGCGGGUGCGUACACGGGCAACGUCGUGACCUUCCCGCUAUCUGCAUGGAUCAUGGACACGUACGGAUGGCGCACCAUCUUUUACUUCUUUGCUUGCCUGGGCUUCCUGUGGUGCCUGCUGUUUCACCUGUUCACAACCUCCACUCCCUCGCAGCACAGGAGCAUGCAUGCGGCCGAGCUCAACAAGAUCCUGGCGACGACACAGGUAGCAGAAGACGUUCCUGCCACUGUUCCUUGGAAGAAGAUCCUGGUCUGCAUGCCGGCGUGGGCACUGUUCGUUGUUCACACGUGCUUCAACUGGGCCUUCUACACGCUCCUGACCCAGCUCCCCUCCUAUAUGGCGCUGGUGCUCGGGUUCAACAUGCAGCAGUCCGGCUUCUUGUCUUCCAUGCCCUACCUCUUCAUGUUCAUCGUCUCCAUCCUAGGAGGGAUGCUGGCCGACUGGACCAUCUCCCGGGGCCUCCUCUCCAGGACGAGGGUCAGGAAGACAUGGAUGGUGACUUCCCUCAUGGUCCCGGCCUGCUGCCUCGUCCUCUGCGGCUAUGCCUCCUCCUGGCCCGUCGCCAUCUUCUUCAUGACCUGUGCCCUGGGCUUCUCGGGGCUGAGCAACGCGGGUUACAGCGCCAACUACCUGGAGAUCUCUGCUGGACUCUCGGGCAUUCUGAUAUCGCUCGGCAACACUUUGGCGACGGUGCCUGGGAUGGUGUCGCCUGUCUUGACCGGCGUCAUCAUGGACGCGCACGGAUGCUCGAUCGAGCAUGUGAGCAGCUGCCAGCAGGCCUAUCAGACUGUCUUCUGGAUCGCCUUCAUGGUGUACACCUUCGGUGCUGUGUUCUAUGCUACUUUCGCAACGUCGGAG